AUUCGAUCGUGAUCGUACACGCCUGCGUGCUUGGCAACCGUUGUUUACAAAGGCCGCCAUACACUUGCGAAUUUAGUUGUGAUAAACACCACAGAAGAAAAAGAUGUCUGAUUUUGGUUCUGAAGAGGGUGAAGAAGAUCAGGGUCCAUACCUUGGGGAAUAUGAAGGAGGGCGCAAUGAAAAUGAAGAAAGGCAUGGCCAUGGAAAAGCAACAUUACCAAAUACAGAUACAUAUGAAGGAAUGUAUGACUGUGGGAAACGACACGGUCAAGGUGUAUACAGAUUUAAAAAUGGUGCAAGAUACAUCGGAGAGUAUUUGAAAAACAGAAAACAUGGUCAAGGAACAUUUAUUUAUCCAGAUGGCUCAAAAUAUGAAGGAAGCUGGGUAGAUGAUCAAAGAUGUGGAUUUGGUAAAUACUCCUAUGUAAAUGGUGACACAUAUGAAGGAGAAUGGAAGGAUCAUCAGCGACAUGGCCAGGGAACCUACACAUAUGCUGCCACUGGCACAAAAUAUGUAGGCCGAUGGCAAAUUGGGAAACGAGAGGGGCAUGGUGAACUAAUUCAUGCAAAUCACAAAUAUGUCGGAGUGUUCAAAGAUGACAAGCCAAUGGGGAAGGGAAAAUAUGUUUUUGAUAUUGGAUGUGAGCAACACGGGGAAUACAUUCCCAUUGAACAAGAGAAGGAAGACAAAGGUGAUGAUGAGGAGCCCUCAGCAAAUAUUGUCCCUAAAUGGAAAGCAGGUCAAGUUACAGCUAUUCAUCUCAAGACAGAGGAAGAUAUGGAAGAGGAGGAAGAGGCGGCCAAAGAACAGACAGAGGAACCAUCUUCCACUGAACAGCCAGCUGAAUCACAAGAAGAAACAACCGAAGAAAAGAAAGAAAAAACUGAGGAAGGAGAAACGGAAGAGAAGAAAGAGGAGGAAACCAAACAGGAAACCGCCCCCGAGGCUGGGGAGGACACCACCACAGGGGCCGAGGAGGGAGGAAACCAGGAGACGGCCGACCCAGCCCCUGAGGAUCAGGAACAGUCAGCAGAAUAAUUGAAAUUAUUUAAUUUUGUCGUACAUUUACAUUUUGUUACCUAACAUUCUAUAAAAGGAGUGAACGCGAUAACAGGAGAGAAACUUCUUUGUGAUUCAGCAAUCUGAAACUGGAGAUGGUUCUAAAGAAUAUCAAUAAAUUAUACUUUAUAUAUA